AUGGUCGUGAGUGUGUCGUUGCCUGUAUCAGCAAUAGUACGGGUGUUACCUGUUCAUGUAGCGUUUGGCUCAACGGCAGCAGUUGCGAUGUUGAGGUUUUCCUCUCGCGCAAGAUCGUUAGAUCCCCGUGCGGAGGAGAAAAGUCAAAGGGGCAUGAUUGGCAUUACUAUGGGUUUCGAAUGGUAUGAACCGUUAAGCAAUUCCUCAGAAGACAUAGCUGCAACUCAUAGAGCUCGAUCAUUCUAUGACAGUUGGUUUUUAGACCCUAUUAUAUUAGGAAGAUAUCCUAAAGAAAUGGUACAAAUUUUGGGAUCUAAUCUUCCGGAAUUAUCAAUGAAUGAUUUGAGCAAGUUGAGUUAUGGCCUAGAUUUCAUUGGCAUCAAUCAUUAUUCGGCUGUCUAUAUCAAAGAUUGCUUAUAUUCUGCCUGUGAACAUGGAAACUCUUGGUCAGAGGGUUCUUAUUUUAGGACUACACAAAGAGACGGCAUCUACAUUGGUGAACCAGGGGAAGUGGACUGGCAAUUUGUGUACCCACAAGGGAUUGAAAAAGUUGUGAUGUAUUUGAAGGACAAAUUCAACAAUACUCCAAUGUUUAUCACUGAAAAUGGCUUUGCUGGGAACAGUUCUUCUAUAGAGGAUGCCUUGAACGAUGUUCGUAGAGUGAAAUACUUGCAUAGCAACUUAAAUUCAUUGGCAAAUGCCAUCAGGAAAGGUGCAGAUGUAAGGGGAUACUUUGUUUGGUCCCUUCUUGACAACUUUGAGUGGCUAGAUGGAUAUAGCAUAAGAUUUGGACUUUACUAUGUCAACUAUACUAAUCUCCAGAGAACUCCAAAAUUAUCAGCCACCAAGUAUCAAGAGCUCAUGUAUAACUUUCACAUAGAGCUUGAAACACAUACUGCCCUGAAAUAGCGUAAUAAGAGGAUGUAUAUGUGGAGACUUGUUGAAGAUUUUUAUUUAGGUCUCUGUUGUUGGAAAGCAA